UACCUGUCUGCUCGUUCCUGAUUGGACAAGUGCUUUGAACGGUACCAAGGCAACAGCAGGCAUCAAAAACGCUAUUGGUGGACGCGUAACAUGGGCGGGACUAAGCAAAUGACAAGCAGCAAACAGAAAACUUUGUUAGCUACCUGCUAACUUUGCUCCAUCGUCUGUUUGGAAAUGUCAGGAGCUUAACUCAGCACACCACCAUGAUCUUCGAAAAGAUGGACUGCCAAGGAGAGGAUGAUGGAGACUUUUGCAGAUGGGUGAGAUUAGUGCUGGUGGACGGCAAAAAUGACAUCGGAACACGUUUGCAACAGUUUGUGGAAGAAAGGAUGCAGACCACCAUGCUCACAGGUGUGCUGAUUGGAGCUGCAGUCGCUGUCUCACUGAUUGGGAUAGUGGUGCUCUUCCUUUACAGGAGAUACAAGCUUGCUCGUCAACAACAGCCUGGUGUGCCUCAGUAUCGCUUCAGAAAACGAGAUAAAGUGCUCUUCUACGGAAGGAAGAUUAUGCGAAAGGUCCAGACGCUGUCCGCUAUUCCUCCUCCCACUUCUACCUCAGUAUCAAAGCAACCGCAGCGCAUUCGCAAAAGAACCAAAGUUCUAAGCAUCGCUCGCAAAAUCCUGAGGAUACGCAAAGAUCCUCCCACCCUGCAGCCUAAGGAACCUCCUCCCUCCCUGCUGGAGGCCGACCUGACAGAGUUUGAUGUGCAGAGCUCCAACCUGCCCUCCGAGGUCCUUUAUAUGCUAAAGAAUGUCAGGGUCUUGGGUCAUUUUGAGAAGCCCCUGUUCUUAGAGCUGUGUCGCCAUAUGGUGCUCAUCGAGCUGCAGGAGGGUGAAGGUCUGUUCAGGCCAGGAGACGAUGACGAUAGCAUCUACGUGGUCCAGGACGGACGACUCGAGCUCUGCAUACAGGAGAAUGAUGGUACAGAACCGGUGGUAAAGGACGUGCUCCCAGGAGACAGCGUCCACAGCCUGCUCAGUAUUCUGGACAUCAUUACUGGUUAUCCAGCCCCAUACAAGACUGUUUGUGCACGGGCUGCAACUCGCUCCACCAUCUUACGUUUACCUGCGACAGCCUUUGAGUCCGUGUUUAAAAAAUACCCAGAGACACUUGUUCGUGUCAUUCAGAUAAUCAUGGUGCGCCUCCAAAGAGUCACCUUCUUGGCAUUGCAUAACUAUCUGGGCCUAACAACGGAGCUCUUCAAUCCGGAGACUCAGGCGGUGCCCUUGUCCAAUAUAAAUAGCGUGAUGGUAGAGGCGACUUCAGGAAAGACGACUCGUCGUUUGUACUUCCAGGACGAGUUACCUGCUGGGACCGCAGAGAGCCCCACAGAGACAGAUGGUGUAAAGGACAGUCCUUCAAACAGCUACAGGAAGCUGCGAUCCACCUCAAUGCCCACAGACUGCGCAGGUAAUGACCUGAACAUGGCUUGUGAACGAGCUCGAGUCACCAUAGAUGAGGCUCCACCCAGUCCUGUCAUGCCUAAAUCCAGUCUAAAGAAGAGUGUGACGAUGCAGCCCACACCCUCUGAAGUGUUUCACUACACAGACAGCGGGGGGCACUCUGACACCAUCCACCUCAGUAAGAGCUGCACAAUCCUCCAUGCCGCUAAGAAGGACCUGCUGGGAAUCAUCCAGCUGCAGGACCCCACUCUGCUUGAGGGCAGAGUGACCCUCCAUCAGGUCAAAGCUGGUUCUGUGGUGGCUCGUCAGGGAGACCAGGAGGUGAGCAUCCAGUUCGUGAUCUCUGGCCUCCUCCAUGUUUACCAGCGGAUGAUUGACCGUGAAGAAGAGACACGUCUGUUUGUGACGCACCCCGGGGAGCUUGUCGGUCAACUUGCAGUCCUCACUGGAGAGCCCCUCAUAUUCACUGUUCGAGCCCAGCGGGACUGCAGCUUCCUCUCCAUUUCCAAAACACACUUCUAUGAGAUAAUGCGCGUGGAGCCGAAGGUGGUGCUGAACGUUGCUCACACGGUGGUGAAGAGGAUGUCGUCUUUCGUCAGACAGAUUGACUUUGCUCUCGACUGGAUGGCCGUGGAAGCUGGCAGGGCGGUGUACAGGCAAGGAGAGAAAUCGGACAGUACUUUCAUUGUGCUGAGUGGUCGACUGCGCUCUGUGAUCAUGAAGGAAGAUGGCAAGAAGGAGCUGAUAGGAGAGUAUGGACGCGGAGACCUGAUUGGAGUGGUGGAGGCCCUGACCCAUCAGAACAGAGCCACCACAGUGCACGCUGUACGAGACUCUGAGCUGGCCAAGUUACCUGAAGGAGCUCUCAGCUCCAUCAAGAGGAAGUUCCCACAGGUUGUCACCAGGUUGAUCCACUUACUGGGACAGAAGAUCCUUCAGCAGGUCAAUGGACCUCUGACAGCUCGCAGUUUGGCCCUCCACACUCCUGGCAGUAAGUGGGAUGCAGGGAACCAGGCCUCCAACCUCUCCACUGUCACAGUCCUGCCUGUAUCAGAAGAAGUACCUCUCACCACCUUCACCCUGGAGCUGCAGCAUGCACUCUUGGCAAUAGGUCCCACUCUUCUGCUGACCAGUGAUAUUAUCAAACAGCGACUUGGAGCUGCAGCUCUAGACAGUGUCCACGAGUACCGUCUGUCCAGCUGGCUGGGCCAACAGGAAGACCUCCAUCGCAUAGUUCUGUACCAGACAGACUACACACUGACCCCAUGGACGCAGCGGUGCAUCCGUCAGGCCGACUGCAUCAUUAUCGUGGGACUGGGAGAGCAGGACCCUGCUGUUGGAGAGCUGGAGCGUAUGUUGGAAGGAAGUGCAGUGCGUGCCCAGAAGCAGCUGGUGCUGUUGCACAGAGAGGACGGCCCCCCACCCAGAGGAACCGUAGACUGGCUCAACAUGCGAAGCUGGAUCUCCAGACACCUCCACCUCUCUUGUCCCCGAAGGGUCUUCUCUAAGAGGAGCCUGCCCAAACUGUUGGAGCUGUAUCAGCGGGUGUUUGAGAAGCCAGCAGACCGUCACUCAGACUUCUCUCGUCUGGCUCGAGUGCUCACGGGCAAUGCUAUUGCUCUGAUCCUGGGAGGAGGAGGGGCAAGGGGCUGCUCCCAGGUGGGGAUAAUGCGAGCUCUCUGCGAGGCCGGCAUCCCAGUGGACCUCAUCGGCGGAACCUCUAUCGGUUCCCUGAUGGGAGCAUUAUAUGCCGAGGACCGCAGCCACAGCCGCAUGAGGAUGAGGGCCAAAGAAUGGGCAAUGGAAAUGACAUCAUGGUUCAAGAAGGUUCUGGAUUUGACGUACCCCGUCACCUCCAUGUUCUCCGGUGCUUCCUUCAACUCCAGCAUUAGCAAUGUCUUCAAGAGCAAACAGAUUGAGGAUCUUUGGAUCCCAUAUUUCAACAUUACAACUGACAUCACUGCCUCUGCCAUGAGAGUACACACUGAUGGUUCUCUGUGGCGGUACGUUCGUGCCAGCAUGUCUCUGUCUGGGUAUCUGCCUCCUCUCUGCGACCCUAAAGAUGGACACCUGCUGAUGGACGGAGGCUACAUCAACAACCUGCCUGCCGAUGUGGCGCGCUCCAUGGGGGCCAAAGUGGUGAUAGCUAUUGAUGUGGGCAGCCGGGAUGAAACCAACCUCACUAAUUACGGCGACUCGCUCUCAGGCUGGUGGCUGCUAUGGAAACGCCUCAACCCCUUAGCUGAGAAAGUAAAGGUGUUGAACAUGGCAGAGAUUCAGACUCGUCUGGCCUACGUGUGCUGCGUGCGGCAGCUGGAGUCCGUGAAGAGCAGCGACUACUGCGAGUACAUCAGACCUCCGAUCGACAGAUACCGAACGCUGGAGUUUGGCAAGUUUGAUGAGAUUGCUGAGGUGGGAUACCAGCACGGAAAGACGGUGUUUGACGUUUGGAUUCGCAGCGGAGUGGUGGAGAAAAUGAUGAAAGACCGACACCAGGAGGAGUUCCACAACACCCAGAGCAAGAACAAUGUGGUGGCGUGUCCCAAUGCUUCCUUUACUGACCUGGCAGAAAUUGUGUCCCGCAUCGAGCCCGUCAAACCCCCUCUGGUGGACGAGGAGUCAGACUACCACACUGACUACGAAGAGGAGGCGUUGGAGAGCGCUCUGUCUGACAUGGAGCUAUACAAUCGCUACGGAGAGCACACUGAAGGGGAGGAAACUGCUGACACGGAUGAAGAGCUGGAAGCGAGAAGCACACGCCGCAUUACCUCACUCACCAGCAGCCACUCCCAGUCUCUCUCCGUCUCCGACAGCCCUUCCGAACAGUCCACAAAGUGAAGACCGGUUUCUGAACUCUGCCCGAUCAGGUCAUCACCGUUUAACCUGCCUGUCUUUUACCCUCCUGUCUGUCCCACACCACUCCCGUCCCCUGCCCCCGAGACUGUCGGCACAACUGCCAAUACCAUUUUGCCCUCUGUAAACUGGCCUCGUUAGCCGUGCUGCCGACACGGCAAAUGGGUGGCCCCUUUGAAAAAAACAAACUGAACAGACAUCACAUUUACUCAGCUGCUAAUCCUAUGCAUUCCCAUUAUAUGACAGCAGCUGCAAGUCUAAUCAUUUCUCAUAUUGAGAUACUUUCUGUAGCUUUACAUGAAUCACAACAGCACAGUAAUAUUGUCAUAUUACAUGAAACCAGGCGAAGACAGUAAAUCCUGGCUGAUUACAUUUAAAAGACACAUUUAAGGAGCUUGAACUAAGUUUGAGAUAGUUUGUAAUUAAGCUGACUCGGUUUUUUUCCUGUUUUCUAGACACACAGAUCGUUUUUACAUAUUUGUUUCUGCGGUUUCUGACACAUUUCUUGUUUAUUUUUCUGACCAUGUGCUAAUUUUUGGGUUGCAACGGUCUGAGAUUUUCACAGUAUCAUGGUAUGUUGUAUUAGACUAUUUUUUUGUUAUUAUUAUUAUCAGUUACAAAGACCCUUAAAGGAAGUAAAAAAGAAGGAUUUCUUUGGUUGAACAAACACUUUAUUGAAUUGAAACUUGAAAAUCAUUAGAAAGAAAUAAAUUCCAUCUGCAUGUGCAAGUAUGGCUCAAGUUGACAAGUUUGACAGGAAGUGCAGGAGGAAAGGAGAUGUGUACAUGCAGGUGACAUCUGUUUGCUUUAGUUUUUCCCAAUACUGUAGAUAAAAAAAUGCACAUGGUAUUAUAAUUUUCAUAUUUUAUACCAUGGUAAUCUGAAACCAGUAUAACACUGCAGUUUAGUUCUGUAGUUUAAACCUCCUCGGGCUACUUGAAAUUCUUCAAAUGAAGCACUACAUACUAAAAUUCACCUCAGUUGUGCUUUUGAGCGGCAGAAAUCUCUGAAACUUGGGCAAAACUUUCUCCAUAGCGAGAUACCUCAAGAAAUACAAUGUUCUUAUGGCACAUUUUCAUUGAUCAGACGUGUUUAUCCAAAGCGACAUACUACUGAGAGCUCAUAAAACACAACCAAGGAUGUAGUUGGAAGGCACCGUGUCAGUAAGUGCCAUGGGGUUUAGUUUGAGUCCAAUAGGACUAAGGCUGAGAUAUAUUUACACUUUAACCACUUGUUUGCGUAAACAACAGGCUGCGUUGUGAACAGAAUAGUUCACAUACAUGCCUGUGUACAAUGAGUGUUACUGGAGGUUUUCACUAAAGGCCAGACCAGAGAGGGCAGAAGUAAUGCAACUACUGGAUUUGCAGGAUGUAAAUAACAAAUAUACUGUUAAUUCUGAGGACACGAUAGAAGAAGUGAUAGCGGCGCCAUUGUAGAUGAUAUGUGACCCGUUAAAUGAAGCCCAUUAUGAAAAUAGAGGGUACCGCUCGUGCUGUUCAUGUGUACAUUGCAUGUUGUGGAUGCAUAGUGUUAAUUUGUGGUGAGGUGCACAACCAAGGCGCAGGACACGCGAGGGAGACCACAUCACACAAACAUGUAGUGUAGAAAGCUUUUGUCACCAAUGGUUCUUAAUGGUGGUGGAUAUAGACCCUAUAGUGUGCUCCUGUAGUUUGGGUGAGUCGUUUUCAUUUCAUUUAUCAUAUAGUCAUAUGCCCAUUAGGUAGACCUCGUCCAACCCCAGUCUAUAACCUUGUGAACAGGAAGUGUGGGUUUACAAGUGUUGGUGUUGUUCUAGGUGUGUAACUACCCCCAGAAAGGGUCAUGGCAUAAUUUAAGAAUCAAAAACAUCAUGAAUUAGCAACAAGGAAAAUACCAAUAUUAAGAUAUAUAUUGUAAUUUUGCCAGAAAGACACACAUUCCACAGACUGUAAAAAUAAGUGUAUUCAGAAAAGUUCUAAUUAGUUUAAACAAAUCCUCUUUUACUUUGGUUUUCGUUAACCUUGAUUUUGGGAAAAUUGCCAGCAGCCCUAUUAAGUCACCUCUAGUUGAACUCUCAACACUCAAAAUCAAUCUGUGCACCACCAAUAACUUUUUAAGGAUGCAAUGCAUGCCAACACAAACCCACACACCUCAGUGUUAGUGUGGACAAAAGGUGGGGACUUUUAACUCACAAUGUUGGGUUCAAUGGCUCAAGUCAGUCAAUAACUGGCAGCGAUCAGCAAUGGACAAUGCCCCGACCCUAAUGACAAAACCACUUCCUUUGGAUCACAUUAGAUGGUACGAGCUACCUAAUACAGUGGAGCUAAGAACAGCAACCAAUCACUCUUCCAGUGUACACAAAAAAACGAACAAAAAACCUGUCUUUUGUGUCCACAUCAACAAGCUUUACUCAGAAUCAGAAAAGAGAGCAGAAAAAGCAGCUCGCUCUGUGGCCAUGGCUGUCAGCAUAGUUUUGUCGCACCCAGUGUGCCAGGGACAUGGAGGGAAGUAAUGAUUGCACUUCAAAGCACUACUUUCCCCUCUCAGCUGGCAAGAGAGCCCACCCCACCGCCCUUCUGUUUUCUGCCUUGAAUCUAUCAGACACAGACUGCGCAGCAGACACUGUGGAUCUAUUGGGUGAACUCAGAGGCUUCACUCGCCUCAGUACAGUUUAUGCUCACACACAGGGCUAUUUACAGCAGGAGGAUAUUCUUCACAGGAACAUGUUGUACACAUUACUUUUUUUUGGCUUGUCAAGAUGUUUUAGCUUCUUCCUUUUCCCACAUUGAUUUAGAUCUUUUUUUUUUCUUUUUUUUUCGAAAAAAACUGCAAUUAAGUCCAUCAGAUAUUUGUUGCCGACGUAAUAUUAUAGUCAAAAAAGUGAAUCAUUAUGUUCAUAUUUAAGAUGAUAAUGUAUACAAACUAAGCCCUAGAUGAUUUAUGCACAAGUUGGACAAUCACUCCACAAAUGCAAUGCACAACUACACUAACAAAUGCUUAUAAAGACCAUUUAACACGCCUCUCUGUAUGGCACUUUAUCAUUUUUAGAGUUCACUUAACCUCAAUCACAACUAGGGCUGCAGCUAAUAAUUAUGUCAUCAUAAAUAUUUUUUCUUAUAUCAUAUUGGCCUAUUAUUAGUUGUUAUUGUUAAGGAAAUUGUGAAAGAUUGAUAUAAAAUGUUCUUAGAGCCCAAGGUGACGUCUUUAUACUGUUUUUGUCUGACCAACCGUCCUCAUCCCAAAGAUAUGGAGUUUACUAUAAAGUUAUUCGAGCAACAAAGCCUCACAUUUAACAAACUGGAACUAUUACACAUGUGGCAUUUAUGCUUGAUAAAUAGUUUAAACAUAUUAAUUAAUUAUCAAUGUUUGCUGUUUUCUGUUGAUUUACUAAUUGUUUUCUGCCCAAAUUGCCUCAUCGCCAGAGGCCCAACAAUACUGCAUAACAAACCAUCCUUGAUAAGGAGCCCUUCAAUUUAUUUCAGAAAAAAAAGGUGAAAAUAUAUAAUGAGUUGAGCUUUUUCUUUGUUUUUUUUUUGUUUUUUUAGAAAAAAACAAACAAACUUAACUUUGUUCUGACUGACAAACUAAAUAAUAGUGAUUGUUCUACACUUUCUUGUUACUUAUCGGUAAGCUCAUAUCAGUCAGCCAACGUGAGGCUCGAGUUAUUACACCUGAGCCACACUGCCUUCCUGAGCAGCACAGGGGUUUUCUUUGUGUUUUUUUUUUUUACAUGAACACCCAUGAUAAGAGGUCAGAGCAGCCACACAGCAAGCGUGAACAGAACCACUAACGUGUGUACUGGCUGUGGCAAAUGUAGAGAUUUUCAGUGAAGAUGUUCCUUUGGCAUAUUGACAUCACACCAGCUACACAGCACCUUUCAUUCCACUUUCAAUGUCUAAAAUCUGUAGAAUAUGUCAAAGACACCAACCAAUACCAAUAGCCCACAGUUACCUGCUUCUCAUUGCCGAUAUAAACAUGAUCACUGAUAAUUUCACAUUGUAGGAUUUUAAACAAAGUCAAGUUAAUAUGCCAUUUAUGCACACAUGAUGUUAAUAAAGGCUAAGAUGUAGUGAGCAAAGAUGGAUGAUAUCAUAUAAUACUCCAUAUCUCAGUCCUGAAUCAAAAUCUAACUGCUAUAACAACAACAUUAGAAUACAUCAUAACGCUUUACAUACGCACUUUGACAGGUCUCGUAUUUACUUACAGUUUUUAGACCAGGGCUCUGCAACCUUUACUAACAAAGGAGCCAUUGUUGGCGAACAAAAGAGAAAAAAUGUGAGAAUGGAGCCACAAACCGUAUUUUGAGCUUUAUAAUGAAGAUAAAACAGGCUACGAAGUCCAAAUUAGCCUUCCAACAUUACUAAUGGUAAUAGUAGUGACCAUUUAUUAAUAUGAUUGGAAUUGAAAGAUAGCCUACGUAGGGAAACUCAAAACUAAAAGUUUGAGAAAACUUAAGUUUGAGAAAUUUAGAGUUUAAGGUGCCAGGCAGCAGACUUUCAUAAGCUAUGAUGCACAUUGUAGUUGACAAAAUGUAAAAAAAACUUUUUUAUUGCCUAAUUUUAAUGCCUGAUAAAAGCUACACAUUUUACAAUCAUAUAAUACAAAUUGCUUUGGGCCUACACCAAUGAUAAAUAAAAAUGAAGUAUAAAAAAAAAAAAUCGUAUAAUUUUUUUGUCAGAACCACAGGGAGCCUCUGCAGACGGCCUGAGAAGCCACAUGUGGCUCCGAAGAUGCAGGUUGCUUACCCCUGUUUUAGACAAAACGCUCUAUAAAUGCCAAAGUAUUACUCAAUAACGCUAACUAGCCGCCACCUUCUGUAUCAUGGUGUGUAGAUGCUGUCAAUGUCAAUGAAAGCUGUUUGCAUUUGUAUCAUCAAACAAUAGUUUACCACCUAUAACUUCAUUAACAGACACAUGCAUAAUGUACAUUUCUCACUAUCAGCUGGUAAUUUAUCAAUAGACAUAAUAUAUUGUACAUUCCUAUUAAUUUGUUACUAAAAGCCUUUAUUAUUUAUGUUACUGAUGGCCAUUAUCAAAGGUAAACAUGUAAAACUUAGAGCUGCGACAGUCAGUAAGACGGCCGUCAUGAACAGUUAGAGGUAGGCAGUGUGGCCCAGGCGUUUGAAUAUCAAUGCAACUUUUAAGUUUUUCUUUUCUUUCUACCCACUUGCAUACAUUUAUACAUUAUAGCACCCUGUGAGCGUCACCAUAUGAAGCCCAUACUGGUGCUGCCGUGCCUGCCUGCAGCCUUACCUUAUGUGUAGACAGUGGGAGAAACACUACGUGGAUCCCAUAUAGUGUUGGUUUCUGAGUCUGGACACAGAAUUUGGGAGCAAGAUAGAGACGGCAAAAUCUUGUUUACCGGUGAGGUAAUCAUGUUGGCACUGUUUGUUUUUGUUUUUUGUACUUUUGGAUGUUCUCCAAAAACCAAGCACAAUGAAUUGAUGUUGUCUGGCAGAAUGAAUGUUUUACUACUUUAUUAAAUGGGACAUGAUAAUGGAUCGAGUGCUUAUGUGAUGUGUGGAACUGUGCCAUAAAGUUAAUGUUACAAAGCCUUAGAUGACCCGUACGGAAAAAUAACCGCUCGUGCCCUUGUUUAGAAUUAAUGAUGAAUGUUUACCGGAAAGCCUGUACUGUCUGACAUCAGUUACUUGUCUUUAUUUAUGUUAUUUGAUAAAAAUCAUUUUUGAUAAUCAAUUGUUACUAAUAAACCACUUUUUGUUGUUGUA